AUGUCGAAAUCGUUUGUGUGGAAUUUAUUUUCAAAGCGUAGCACAAAUGAGGCACAGUGCUCUAUUUGUUUGAAAAUAUUAAAAACAGGAGGAGGCACAACGAAUUUGAGACAGCACCUAAAAAAUAAACAUCCAAAACAUCUGGAAAAUAAGCCGAAGGAUAAAGAACUGGCAGACAUCGGAACUUUUUUGCACAGAAGCGAUCAGGAAGCAUCUUCAUCUGCUUCUGAGGCGAGUGUGAGCUCUGCUUCAUUUUGUUUGCCUUCGUCUUCGAGGACCUUCGUUCACGAACAAUCAGAUCAGUCUAGCCGUUCUAGAUCACCAACUCCCUCGCCUUCGCAGAAAAAGCAAAUGACGCUGUUGCAUUACCAACAAAGGAACUCUAGCUAUGAGAGGGGUGGAAAACGUGACCUCGAACUGACCAAUGCACUAGCAUUUAUGAUUGGUAAAGACAAUUUGCCACACUCUAGUGUGGAAAAAGAAGGAUUUGCCCAUUUCAUGAAAAUAGCACUUCCGUUAUUUAAAGUGCCAAGUAGAAAAACAGUUACAGAAAUACUAAGCGGUAAAUACUCUGCUGCUAUGGAUAUAAUACGGGCAAAAUUUUCGGAAGUGACUCACUUUUCCCUCACUGCUGACAUCUGUACAGUGACGAAUACGUCAAAAGGAUUUUUGGUUAUAACUGCACACUUUAUUGAUCCUCAAGAACAUAACAGCCUUGAGACAAUGAUGUUGGGUGUGCGACGCCUUCGGGAACGGCAUACCGGGGAUUAUAUCUGCCAAACCAUGAAUGAGGUCCUCGAUGAAUUUGGUAUCCCUUUGGCUAGGGUUGUUGGCAUAUGCACGGAUGGUGGAGCGAACAUGCUGGCUGCAGUAAAGAAGUUACUUGGAGAGGGCAAAAAUGUACAUUGUUUUGCACACAUAUUAAAUUUAAUUGUCACAGAUGGCCUAGAAGAUGUAAACAAUGUAGCAUUAAAAAAUUUAAUAAACGAAAUAAAAGCCAUAGUCACUUUCGCUAGGCACAGCAAUCUCUUCAUGGAAAGGUUAAGGAUGGAGCAGGAACGGGAGGGCAAGUCAGAGGGUGAAGUGAAGCUUUUGGUACAAUCCGUACCAACCAGAUGGAAUUCUGUCUACCAUAUGCUUCAGAGAUUUACACUAAUGUCCCCAUAUAUAGCUGCAAUAUUGGCAGAUCCCUCGAUUAAAAAAGCACCAAGGAUGAUUUCUGGUUCAGAUAUAAAACUAAUUACCGAAAUCGUAGCCAUUUUAUCGCCUUUCGAUGAGGCCACAAAGGAGAUCUCGGGUUCUAAAUACAUUACUGCUAGCCUUGUUAUCCCCCUUGUGACUAUUAUCGAAAGAUCUUUAAAAAACCUUAAGCCAAAUCUUGGUACAGCCCAAAAGUUAUCAAAAGAUCCUGCAGCCAAGUCCAAUUUUCACCCUUGA